UUCUAACAGAGCAGAGAAAACAAAUGUUGGUGUUAUGACUGAUAUAAUUAACUCAUUUUAAAAAGAAAUUAGUUGUUUAUUAAUGACGUUAGAGUUUUACUCUAGCUAUUUAGGAAUGAAUUCUAUGUAGUUAGUUAAUAAGUUGGAUAUCUUACAGCAGUAACGUUGUGUAGCUGGUUAACGGUUAGUGGCUCAGUAAAGUUUACUACAAUGACUUCGUCUUCAGCAAAGGUGGGUGAAAUCUUCUCGGCGGCUGGUGCUGCCUUCAGUAAAUUAGGGGAGCUCACAAUGCAGCUGCAUCCUGUAGCUGAUUCAUCUCCUGCAGGAGCCAAAUGGACAGAAACUGAGAUUGAGAUGCUGCGUUCGGCUGUGAGCCGCUUUGGUGAUGAUUUGAACAAUAUCAGCUCAGUCAUUAAAGAACGCACAGUUUCCCAGAUUAAGACCACAGUAAAGAGGAAGCUCUAUGAGGACAACAGAGUCCCUCUCUCAUCAGAGCCGCCCCAAAAGACAGUGAAGAAAACCACUGUUGCCAUGGCUACAUCUCCAGCAUCCAUGAAUCCAACAUCGCAAGCUGUGACAGUAGGAUUGCAGGGUGCUGCUUCUUUGAAACACACAAUUAAAAAGCCCAAAACUGCAGAUGUGACACUCAGUGCCCUGAAUGACUUGGAUGUCAACAGUGAUUUGGUGGAUAUGGAAGGAUUAGGAGAGGGUUCCACCAAAAAACCCAAUUUUGAUCAAGAAUGUCUGACUUUGGACUCCAGCCUCAUAAUGAACUCCAGCGACCUGCCACUACUUUCCCGGUGAAACAUUUCCUGAAUUGUUAUUGAACUACCAGAAGACCAAUGCAAGGACAUAGAUGCGACAUAAACCUUGGUUCCUUCAUAAACUUUGGUAGAUGAAAACGGAGACAAACUAUUCUCAAACUCUGACUGAUUUUUACAAUACCAGAGAGGUAUUUUUCAAUUUGCUGAUAUGUUGGGCUUUAAGUGAAGACUGGCUUUGAACAUGUUAAAUAUUUCCAGUGCGUCGUUCAGAUCACCGAGUAAAACUCUUAGAUGUGCACAGCUUUUGCUUUUGUAUUAUAUUUUUAAAAACUCUUUAUUUGCAAAGAGGGACAUGAUUAUACUCCCAAAGAAGUUUAUCCAUUGGCUCUUGACACAAUGUAUAAUCCAAUAAAAAAUGUUAAAUACA